GAAGACAAUGCAAUUGCAAACCCUUAGACAAAACUCUCGAAGCUUGGAUCCCGUUUUGCAGCCAUGGCUCCGAAAUCGAAAGAAAAAUCCAAAACAUCAACUUCACAACCUCCUCUAGCAAUCGAAGAUCUCUUCAGUUCCCUCAAUGGUCAUAUCCAGGGAUCUGAAUUUGAAGAAGCCGUCAAGGUCGCAGAUAAAGUUUUGUCGAUUUUACCUACUGAUGAGGAUGCGAUCCGAUGCAAAGUUGUGGCUCUGAUAAAAGACGAUAAGAUCGAUGGUGCUCUCUCCGUCAUUAGCUCGUUCCAGAAGCUUCCAAUCGAUCUAGGGUUUCAAAAUGCGUAUUGUUUAUACCGUCUAAACAAGUUAGAUGAGGCGUUGGUGUGUUUAAAAGGUCUCGAGAGAGAUUCAGAUACUUUGCUUUUGGAGUCUCAGAUUUUGUACCGUUUGGGGAAAGCAGAUGCUUGUGUGGAUGUGUGUCAGAAACUGAGCAAGUCGGAGAUUGAGUCCUUAGAGAUCAAUUUAGUCGCGGCGUUGAUUACAGCUGGAAAAGCUUCUCAGGUGCCAAAAGCAUUGGAGGGUUUGAAGAUCAAACCAACUAGUACUUAUGACUUGGCUUAUAAUACUGCUUGCUCUUUGAUUGAAAACAAUAACUAUGCCGAUGCUGAACAACUUUUGCUCACUGCCAAGAGAAUUGGUCAGGAAACCCUCACUGAAGAUGACUGUUCUGAUGAGUAUAUCGAGACUGAGCUGGCCCCAAUUUCUGUUCAAUUAGCAUAUGUUCAACAGGUCCUUGGGCAAACUCAAGAAUCCACUAGCUCUUAUGUAGAUAUCAUUAAACGAAAUCUGGCUGAUGAACCUUCACUUGCUGUUGCUGUGAACAACCUUGUUGCCUCGAAAGGUUCCAAAGAUAUUUCUGAUGGCUUGAGGAAGUUUGAUCGGCUGAAAGAAAAAGACUCCCAAAAUUUUCAGCUUUCUCAAGAACUCGAUGCAAAGCUUUCACAGAAAAAUAAGGAGGCUAUAUAUGCCAAUCGCGUCCUUCUACUCCUCCAUGCAAAUAAAAUGGAUCAGGCACGAGAACUUUCUGCUGCACUGCCGGGUAUGUUUCCUGAGAGUGUUAUUCCUACAUUGCUUCAAGCUGCUGUUUUGGUGAGAGAAAACAAGGCUGCCAAAGCUGAAGAACUUCUGGGACAGUGUGCCGAAAAAUUUCCGGAAAAGUCUAAGUUGGUUCUCUUGGCCAGGGCACAAAUUGCUGCGUCUGCCAGUCAUCCUCAUGUAGCAGCAGAGUCCCUGUCCAAAAUACCUGAUAUUCAGCAUUUGCCUGCAACUGUUGCCACCAUUGUCGCCCUCAAAGAGCGUGCUGGGGACAAUGAUGGUGCUGCUGCUGUUCUUGACUCAGCAAUUAAAUGGUGGUCGAAUUCGAUGACUGAGAGCAAUAAGCUUAGUGUAAUGAUGCCGGAGGCUGCUGCCUUCAAGCUCAGGCAUGGUCAAGAAGAGGAGGCUUCACGGCUAUACGAGGAGAUUGUGAAAAACCAUAAUAGCACAGAUGCUCUGGUUGGUCUUGUGACUACACUUGCUCGUGUCAAUGUCGAAAAAGCAGAAACUUAUGAGAAACAGCUUAAACCCUUACCAGGUUUGAAGGCUGUUGAUGUGGAUAACCUAGAAAAGACCUCUGGUGCAAAACCCAUUGAAGGCGCUGCUGCUUCAUCGAGUCAGGAAGAAGUGAAGAAAGAGAAGGCGAAGAGGAAGAGGAAGAGAAAGCCAAAGUAUCCCAAAGGAUUCGAUCCAGCUAACCCAGGUCCACCUCCAGACCCUGAAAGGUGGCUUCCCAGAAGGGAAAGGUCAAGUUACAGACCCAAGAGGAAGGACAAGCGAGCAGCUCAAAUCCGUGGCUCGCAGGGUGCGGUGACGAAGGAUAAGCAAGAAGCAGCUCCUUCAACUUCAAAGUCAAACCAAGCGGCCAGUUCUAAAGCCAAUGCAGCUGCGCCUUCUUCAAAGGCCUCGAAAAAGAAGUCUAGAAGAUGAGUGAAACAACCCUUUAAGAUUGUUUCAUCUGUUCUGAGAAAACAAAAACAAAGAGUACUUGGCCCCAAACUUUCCAUUGUUCUUUUUUUUUUUGGAUUGAUCAAGUUUUAGUUGUCUUGACCCAUUUAAGAUUUUGGUUCAUUUCUCGUUUGCGUGUCCUGAA